GUAUUACAGUGGAGUCCAUGCGCGCGUCCUCGGUCGCCUCCGCCCGCCCUCUUUCCCGCACCAGGAUCUCACCACGUUGUACCUACUCCGGUGGCGCCAGCGCUGCCCCUGAUUCUGGGAAGCUACCCGCGGCGGCGCUCCGACGGGUCCUUGAGAUGCCUGGUGCGCACCAGGCGCCCGCCUGCUACGACGCGCUGAGCGCACGCCUCGUCGAGCGCGCUGAGUUCAGGGCCUACUUCACGAGCGGAAUGAACAGUCAUGCUGAAUUUCUUGGCUGGUCCAUUCGGAGCAAUAUGUAAAUUAGUACCCCUAUAUUCUCUUCUGAGAUCAUUAUUCCUAACUGCUGGAGAUAUACAUGAAGUUGUAUUAAUUAUUGAGGUAGUCUUGAGAAAAGAUAACUACAACUCUAUGCAGAGGAGCAUAGAUAUAUUGUCUUUUGUGCUCUCUCUUCGAGUCCGUGUGCUAUUUGACAAUGCAAAAUGGGCAUAUCCUGGUGGAUUCUCGGAAGAAAAGCAGGCGAGAAGGGAGCUGAAUGAUCCAGAGAAUGCACUUAUCUAUGCUUUUGCUGGCGCCAUCACUGGAGCUAUAACAACUCCCCUUGACGUCAUGAAGACAAGGCUGAUGGUUCAGGGACAGGGGAACCAAUACACUGGAAUUGUAAGCUGUGCUCAGACAAUCCUCAGAGAGGAAGGCCCUAAGGCAUUCUCGAAGGCAUCACUUGUGCCAACAGCUUUAGUACUCUUAAGAUGGGAAACAAACACUAGUGAAAUGGAAACUCUUUUGUAAAUGGUCGUACUCCGCUUGCAAAUGAGAUAUAUAAGCAAAUGGUUGCAAAGAAGGAAAGAGAGCUAGAAGAAGGAGAAGCACAAAAGUCACCCUCCAAGCUCAACAGGCCGCACUUGAAGAAAACCAAAGUUUGCUGCGCCAGACCCAAGAGGAAGUGAAGGGGAUGCACACCAAGUUUGAAGAGACCAAUGCACUGCUACGAGCUGUCCUGAAACUUCAGAAAGAUUGAGGUAGGGAUGCAUACCAAGUCUGAGGAUGAUGCCUUUGCUUAAGGUUUUUCUACCUUGCUAGAACAUAUUUGUGGUUAGAACUUUGUCAGAACUACGUGCAAUCUGUUUGAAUGCUUCGAACCUUUGUGGUAGAACCUUUGUAUGUUUGAACCUCUGUCGUGGAAGAACUAGUGUGCUGGAAUUGUGUAUGACUUGUGAUGAGAAUGUUGUGUAUGAAUGUAUGAUGGCUUUUCUAUGUAU